CAGAGACACUCCGGCUCUCAGCGCUCGCGUCGACUCUGCAGCCCUGCAGUCUCCCGUGCACCUAUGAAGCCUUGGAGUAAAAGCUGCCAGCCCCUCAAUUUGAUUCACUUCCUGUAGUCAGACUCCCUUCCCAAAAGUGGAGAGAGGGGGAAACGGGGGGAAAGGAAGAACUCUUUUUCUGUGCAAAAUAAGGCUCUCUGAGGAGCAGCAAGCGACUCCUCGCCUCUGCAUAGCUCCAUAACUUGUCUAGUUUGUGUCAGUGGCGGGCAGAUCGUCGCGCACAGCAGCGUUUCAGAGACAGAAACAUUUAAUACAAAAAUAACUGCGCGCCAGUUCCACCCGAGUCAAUGCACGGUACGGAUGGUACAGAUUUUGACGCCCAUCGCCGAGUCUUCUCCUGAUUCCACGCACCGAGUUUGGAGACACUGUACGCUGUGAGACCUUUCAUGUACUGGAAAAAUGAAGUUUUGUCCCCUCUUUCAGAGGGAAAUAAGAUUCUGUCCGAAGGAAUUCCCACGAAGCAGGUGAUCUCUACCGAGCAUCAGAGUACACCGGGAGCCUCGCGCUGCAGUGUGGACUCUAAACACGCGCCAAUGUCUCACUCGGACGGAGAAUCCCAGCGGUCCAACAUGGAGCGGGAGGACACUCGCUCGUCCCCCAGCACGCCGUCCACCCCCUCCGUGUGCUCGCCGACCUCCACCACCAGCUCGGUGCCUUCCACCGGGAAGAACAUGUGCGCCAGCUGCGGUCAGGAGAUCCUGGACAGAUACUUGCUGAAGGUGAACAACCUGAUCUGGCACGUGCGCUGUCUGGAGUGUUCUGUCUGCAGGACGUCGCUACGUCAGCACAGCAGCUGCUACAUCAAAAACAAAGAGAUCUUCUGUAAAAUGGAUUAUUUCAGUAGGUUUGGUACUAAGUGUGCCCGCUGUGGACGGCAGAUAUACGCCAGCGACUGGGUGCGGCGCGCAAGGGGAAACGCAUACCACUUGGCAUGUUUUGCGUGCUACUCGUGUAAGAGGCAGUUGUCCACGGGAGAGGAGUUUGGCUUGGUGGAGGAGAAGGUCCUGUGCAGGAUCCACUACGACACCAUGGUGGAGAACCUCAAACGAGCGGCUGAGAGUGGCAAUGGUAUCACAUUAGAAGGAGCAGUUCCAACAGAACAAGACAGUCAACCCAAACCAGCCAAAAGGGCACGGACAUCUUUCACUGCAGAACAGCUACAGAUCAUGCAGGCUCAGUUUGCCCAGGACAACAACCCAGAUGCCCAGACACUACAGAAACUAGCCGACAUGACAGGCCUCAGCAGGAGAGUUAUACAGGUGUGGUUUCAAAACUGCAGAGCAAGACACAAAAAGCACACGCCCCAGCACAGUGGGGCUCCCCCAGGUCAUCCCCAGUCCAGGAUACCUUCGUCCCUGCCCGAUGAGCUGCAUUACUCCCCCUUCGGCAGUCCUGAGCGGGCACGCAUGGUGGCCCUUCACGGGUAUAUCGACAGUCAUCCCUUCUCCGUGCUGACCUCUCAGAGUCUCCCUCACCAGGCCAUGUCGCUGCCACAGCUCCCCCUCAGCCGCUAGCGCUCCACCACUAUGACCCCCACUACCCCUAAACCUCCGAAUCCUAACCCUUGAUCUCCCAUCGCUGACAUCUACAGACCUGACCCGGAGGUCGCGCAGGAGUCAGCUCGGAGAAAAGACACAUCUUACAGAAGCCCUGCCCUCUCGGAAACAGAAAGAGAAAUGGAAGAACGAGGGAAAGCUACAUCUGUCAUUAUGUUUUUUCUGAGGACAGGAAUAUCCCACCUGCAGCCACUCUGUCAAAAACAAUUGUGAAGCAUUUAUCAUUAGCGGGAGCUCACUGACUGUAUUUUACACCACCUAAAGGACCCAUUCUGCUUCACAUGUACAGCAUCCUCCAGUCUUCCCAUCAACCAUCUGAGUUGAAAGGUGGAGGGAGUUUUAAGGGGAUGAAGCUGACCGAGGAAGCAGGAGUGAGUGCUGUCAGAAUACUGAAGAUAAACAAAGAGGGGAAAAAUAAGGGGGAACUGUCAUUGUGGCCCACGGGGCCCUGCACACACAGUAGACCACAUUAGAGGUAAGACUCCUCACUCUUUUCUCUCUGAGCAACCAUGAAGGAAACAUACAUGUAAAUUAAAUAAGUUGACUGUUGAAAUAUUUUCGUUAGGACUGACAUAAGUAAAAACUGAAACUUCCUAGUCACAUUUUGGGUCAUUUUCCAUUGAAAUGAGGUGUAGAGUUAGAUUUUUGUUAAAGAAUGAACAUAUAGUGUGCCUUAUCUUUUCCAUUAUUAGAAGAUACUUCACAGCAGUGAAUCCAAUCAUUAAAAUUCCAGCCAGGUUUUGGUGUUUUUUUUUUUUAAUUUUAUUGUGUAGAACAAAUUAUUUUAAAUCUUCCAUCAGCAGUUUAUCAUGAAGGAAAACCACAGAGCACAUUGUCUGGGUUUGUGUGUUAUUAAAUUAUGGGUGUAACAUUAGAAGCAGGAGCGAACAGAUUUUAAGCCGCCACAAUCCUGUUACAUUUCUUUAAUCUGACAGAGAGAGGUCUGAGAUGAGCAUAAAUGUUCCUACAGAAUCUGUUAUUAUUUUCAUAUUCCCAAACAAGUAAUACACUAAUUUAUAAUUUCUAAGGUUGCUUGUUCAGCUUCUGUGUGUUUCGCACAAAGAGGGAAAAUGAGUGUUGGUGUUUUGGUACAAUAUGGACAAUAUGAAACAGACUGGGGUUGUACAUAGUAAGACGUAUGUGUGUGCGUGAGUGUGUGUGUGUGUGUGUGUGUGUGUGUGUGUGUAUGUGUGUAUUGGCAGGGGUAUAGAGUGUGCAUCUGUAUUUUUAUGUGCCAUGGCCAUUGUGUGAAGAACAGGAUCCAACAAGACCUCAAUGUCCUUGUAUUUAUUGAGACGGUAAAUCCCUGUAAAGCACUUUUUCCCCCCCUCUGAAAUUGUUUUGUUUUGUUAAAAAAACACAAAAUGAAUUCAAACAAAAAAGUUUAUUUGAUAGACUGUGCAUCAUAAAUGUUUUGUGUACUAAAAUGCAAUAAAAUAGAAUGUGAUAUUUUUGUGGUUUUUGGAUCAUUUGUGAGGAUAAAUUAACGAAGCAAUAAUAAUUUUCCCAAACGUCAAAUUAGGCUCAACUGGACAGGAUUUUGCAGAUGACAAACGUACAAAUA